AUGCCAGGGCGUUCCCCUAUCCACCACCGGGGGACGCGCCACGUCGCAGUUCACCUCUCCGCCCACCCGGACAACCGAGCAGGUCCGUGGAAGUCCGCGGUGCCUGUGGCAACCAUCAGCGCCGAGCCCGUUCCUGCCGUUGAGCCUGCUGUGUCGAUGCCGCCGCCGUCGCAGUUGGGCGAAGCUGUGAUUGCGAGCUCGCUUCAAGGGCGCGCUUCAGGCUUCAACGACUCCGUCCUCACCGGAGCGUCCCGCGAGCGCUACAUUUGGCACGUGAGCAAUCAGCGUCAGCUACGGUUCCUAAAGCACCACAAGACGAAGGUGCAGUGGUGCCGGUUCUCCCCGGUGCCGGAGCGGCUGACGCGCGGCGCCCCCCACGCGCCCAGCCCCGCCCCGCACUCACCCGCCCCGCCCACUGACGACGACGCCCCGCCACUCGUGCUCGUCACCAUGGCAGCGGAGAUCGUCUGGUGGAACAUUACAUACAUCAUGAAGACCAGGAUUAAUAAAAACUUUUGGAGCAAUCGCUGGAAUGCAGUAACGCCUAUCGAAAGUCCAGUAGACACGGUGAAACUUACCACGGCGAUGGACAACUUGCAUAUUGAAAGUGCACACAAUAACUUCUUCUUUGGCUCCGGAUUGAUGAAUGCGCAGGAGUGCUGGAAAUGCUUUGGAAAGGGAAAACUGGAUCAUCCCGAACACAUUCAUAUCAUGAAUUUAAUGCACGCAAACACGCAGCAUCUCAUCCAAGGAGGUUUCAUAUUUUUAUAG